AUGCUUUUCAAGCAGGCCAUUAUCGUUGCCUUCAUGGCGGCCACCACGCUGGCUGAUCUGCACCACAUCGCUUACUGCCGUGGCGAGGAUUACGUUUGGGGCAAUGAUAUUGAAGCGGAGGCCACCGAGUGUGCAUGCAACGCCUAUAAGAACCGGAACCAGGGCACUGAGUGGUGGAAUACUUGCCCCGAUUGCACUUACGACGGUGUAUAUUGCAACUCCAAAAUGAAGCACAUCGGUGGAGACGAGAUAACGUAUUAUUGCGAGAAGAUUUGUCACGCAAAGGGAGCCGUCACAGAUAAAUCUGUCUAA